UAACCUUACUUUUUUAAUUCAAGUUCCAUCUAGCGGAUCUAGCGACCAUUUAAAAAAAAUAAACAACAACAACAACAAUAAACAAUAUAAUAAUGUCAAUUGACAGUUAAAUUAUUUUUUAAAAAACAAUAAAUAUAAAUAAAUAUAUUAAAAAUGUUUAAAGACUUGUCAAACAGUGAUGAACAUUCAAAUAAAUCUCAACAUGAAAUCAUAACACCUUACAAAGUUGGUGUACUUUUAUUAAUCAAAGAAUAUUGUCUCAACAUACCAAAAGCAAUUAAUGAAAGACGUGAUUUUUGUAUUGUUGCUUUGAAAAUAAUUCAAGCACCAGAUAUGGACAUUAGUUCAUUAUUGACAAUGUUAAAUAAUCCAGACUACGUACUCCAAAGAUUUUCAAGAAAUUUAGAAAUUGAAUGUAAUCAUCUUCUUAAAACUGGUAUUGAGGGUCUUCUUGAACUAUUUGAUGCUUUAACACGUUUAAUAAAACCAUCACAAGAACAUCCACUUAGUUCAUCACAUUCAUUAUGUCGUAGUUCAGUACUUGGUUUAUAUGUACGUCGUUUAAUUGUAUUUUUUGAACAAUUAUCAUUUUCUGAAGUUGCACAAUUAUAUGAUGCAUUUGUUAAAAAUUAUAAAAAACAAACCAAUAAUAAUGACUUAAAUACAACAACAACAAGAUUAUCAAAAUCAUUAUAUAAUAAUAAUAAAUUUCAACAAACAAAUGUAUGGGAUGCAAGACAAGCUGAGUUACUUGUUGCACAACAAGCACAUGCAUUACAAACAGAUGAACAUAAAGCAAUGCCACCAGGUGAAUUACAAAAAUUAGUACGUGAAUUAUUACGUUCAAAUCCUCAUUAUGCUGAAGCACAUUAUUUAAGUUAUUUAAAUUGUUUACGUGUUAAUGAAUAUUGUGGUGCAAUUGAUAGUUUAUAUCAUUGUUUUGAUAGAUUAGCACCACUUGAUAAUCGUACACAUAUUGAUGAUAGAACAAAAACAUUUCGUUAUGCUGCAUUAAAUUUAGCAUCAUUACAUGGACAAUUUAAUAAUAAUGAUGUUGCUAAAAAUGCAUUAAAAGAAGCAAUUAUGAUGGCACAAGAAGCUGGUGAUAAUAUAUGUUUACAAUUAGCAAAUGCAUGGAUGUAUCAUUUAAGUGAUGAUAAUAAAGGACAAUUAAUUGAACGUUCAGUUGGAAAAGCAAACUCAUUGGGUAUAACACAUACAACAAGUUUAAGUUUAAUAUCAUCAGCACAUGAUUAUUCAAUGAAAGGUAAAAAUCCAGUAUAUAUAUUUCAAAUGCUUGUUAAAUCAGAUGUAUUAAAUUGUCAACAUUCAAUGAUGGAUUUAAUGUCAAUGAGUUAUAUGGAAAAAUCAGCAUUAUGGUCAUAUUAUGGUAAAUUUGAAAUGUCAAUAUUAAAUUCACAAUUAUUAUUAUUACAUAAUUGUGGUGAUAAAAAACAAUAUAUGUUUAAUGGUACAUCAACAUGUCAAGCUGUUGUUAAUCUUGCUAAUGCAUUUGUUCAACUUGGUGAAUAUAAAAUUGUUGAUGUUAUAUUUAAUCAUGCUAAAAAUAGAUUUCCAAAUGAACCAAGUAAUAAGAUAUGGAUGUUACAUAAACAAUUAUAUGAAUUUACUAAAAUGAUGAGACAUGAUCGUUUAAUUGAUGCUGAAUUUAUUGCAAAUCAAAUAUCAAGUCUUGAUCCACUUGAAAGUAAAUUUUGUCUUGCUGAAGUAUCACUUGCAAAAGGUGAUUAUCCAAAUGGAUUAAAUUAUAUUGAUGAUAUUGAAUUGUUUAAAAAUUUAAAUCCACAAAAUCGUGUACGUGCUAUGAUAUUAUCAAGUCAAAUGAUUAGUUCAUCAGUACAACCAGGUGAUGGUACAUCUGGUACAAAAUCAAUAGUAUUAUUAAAUCAUGCACUUGAAAUAUGUACGAAAAAUUAUUUAUCAUAUUAUGAGGCUAUUGUUAAAAUGCAUUUAGCAAAUAUACAAUUAACAAUUGGCAUGCCAAAUCAAGCAUUAAAUGUCAUUGAUGAUGCUAUUAUUAAUAUUUUAUCACAUGGUGGAUGGUUUGAUCAAGCAAGAGCAUUUGUAUUAUAUGCUAAAUGUCUUAUUGCAACAGCACCAAAAUUUGGUAAUAAACGAAAGCUAGUUAUUCAAAAUUCAAUUAAAUAUCUUGUAAAAGCACAAAUUAAUUAUCAUAAAGUUGAAGCAUUUGGUAGAUUAAAAAAUACACUUUAUCUUUUAUCAAUGUUUUAUAAUGAAAUUGACUUUAAAAAUGAAAGAAAUCAAGUUGCUUUUGAAUAUAGACAACUUGAUCAACAAUAUCCAACUAAAACAAAUGCAAUUAUGUUGUAUUAAAAUUAUUAUUUAUUUAUUAUAUA